AUGACGGUGGAAAAUCUGCGAAGGAAGGCUGCAGAAGCAGAGAGAGGCAAGGACGACAAUGACGCUGACGUCGACGACGACGACACGAGCGGCAUAGCUGGCACACUCCGACGCUGGAACAUCAACCCCAACCUGGUGAUGCUCAAGAUCACGCUGUUCGUCAUGUACGGAGCGACGGCGGCGCUGUUGCCAUACCUGACGAUCCACAUGCAGAGCAUCGGGCUAACCGUGGAGGAGAUCGCCUUCGUCUACCUAGCGCUGCCAUUCACCACAUUCCUCAGCCCGCCCGUCACUGGCUACCUGGUGGACAAGUUCGGCAGGUACAAGCCGGUGGUGAUCAUCGCUCUGGUGCUCAACGCCGCCUUCCACCACUCGCUAAUGCUCAUCCCGCACAUGGAGACGCCGGGGGACACGCCCUCCGCCUACGUCAUGAGGCACCCGGAUACGGGGAAGGUGGAGGUGUGGUGGAGCCCCUGCCCGAGCCGCGAGUGUCCCGAAGAGGAGGAGCUGGACAUGAUCCUGGCGUCGUGCACGGACCACUGCCUGCUCAAGGAGGCGCAGCCGGACCUGGCGACGCUGUCGGUGCCCAAGGGCUGCCCCACACUUGACGAGCUGAUGGCAGCCGCCGGCAUGGCCGUCACGCCCAAGCCGCUGCACUUCCUCAUGGGCUGGGACAAGCGCAAGAACCGGCGGAAAAAUAAAAAGGCCCCAUCAUUUGCCACUGGACUGGAAGAGCCUGACAAACCUGCCAACAGCACUGCAUUCAUUCUUCUUGGAAUGCAUCCUGACCUGGGUAAACCGAUGGAGCAGCUUGGCUUGCAGUUGGAGCCGUAUGAUGAUGAAUCAACUACACAAUUUCUACAGAACUUUGGGGAAAAGGUGUUUCACGAUGCAAAAGUUAACCUGACUGCUCUGCUGCAAGAAGAUUUACGCUGUGGUGGAUUGGUGCUUGCAACAAACCUCACCUUGAACACCCUUAUUGAAUUAACUGCUGACUGCAUGUUACAGAAAUGUAGUUUUCGGGAAGGUGGACCAGAGGUGUGCCCACCAGACUAUAAGGAAAGUGAUGACCGAAUCUUUUGGAUAUACUUCUUUCUGCGCUUUUUAGGAACUACAGCACUAACUGCAGGGGUCACUAUGCUUGAUCCUAUUGCACUUACAAUGAUUCGAAAAUAUGGUGGACAUUUUGGUAGAGAGCGGCUGUUUUCUACUCUUGGAAUGGCCUUUUUUGCACCUCUUGUUGGUCUCUUCAUAGAUCAGAACAGCCAGUACCUGAGUUACACAGACUACUCUGCUGCAUUCUACACGUAUGAUAUACUACUUGCCAUAUCUGCAGUGGCCAUUGCUCUGUUGCCACUUGGUGUGCAGCUGCCGGCAGACAACAUCAUGCGGGAUUUAAUGCACAUUGUGCGGUUACCCCAUGUUAUAAUAUUCAUAUUUUUCCUUUUUUUCCUUGGGAACUUUUGGGGUUUCAUUGAGUCAUUUCUUUUCCUCUACCUCAAGGAACUUGGUGCAUCAAAUUAUCUUCUCGGUUUCACAGUAUCCAUUGGAACCAUAAGCAGUGUGCCAUUUCUUUAUGGAGCAGGUGAUAUCAUUAAGAAACUGGGCAAUGUGAACAUUAUUAUUCUUGCAUUUUUCUCCCAUGCAGCAAGGCUUAUGGGCUAUUCAAUGAUCGAGAGUCCAUGGUGGGCUUUUCCCUUUGAAAUAAUUGAAGCAACAGCAGUGCAUCUUAUGUGGACAGCAGCUGCAACAUACUGCACAAUUCUGGCUCCCAGGUGGUUGCUAGCAACACUUAUUGGUGUUCUUGGAAUGUCACAUUUCAGUUUAGGACGUGGCAGUGGAAGUUUCUUUGGGGGCAUAUUAAUUGGUAAAAUUGGAACUCGUGAGUCCUUUAGAGCCAUGGGAAUCAUAGCUAUAGCAGGAGGUGUUGCUUACUGGUUACUACAUCGAUACUGGUUGCGAGAAGUUGAAAUACAGGCUGAUGAAGCUGCUGCAGCUACACUACAGGACAAAGAAGGCAACGCAGCAGACCGUGACCCUCAGAAGGAGGUGUCUAUUAGCAUGGAACGACUCAGCCUGGUUAUAGAGCUUAACCACAGGGGCAGCCUUACUUCACUUGAUCUCGGCUCACAGCUCCCUGGCUAUCGCAGUCGACGUGGCUCUUGUGCCAACACAAAGGCAGAAGCACUGAACCAGCUCCAGGCAUCACCAGCAGCAGUAAGACCUCUUUACCGCAAGAAUUCUCUUGGGGCUCCAGUAACAUCAAAGCUUUUGGCCAGGAAAAACCCACCCAGUGCAACGGUUGCUGCCCUUCUAGUUGAUGGAUUAUGCACAAGAAGGUACUCAAUCCCAGAAGAAGAUGAAGUUGAUGAUCUGUCUUCACGUACUAUUGCAGUUCCACACUCAAGAACAGUACGGGAUGAAAAUAACUCAAUUCUGAAGGAAGUGCUUGUGAAGAAAGCUUUGAAGGCUACAGAGAACAACAUUUAA